AUGACGGAGGAGGCAUGCCGUACCCGAGGCCAAAAGCGGGCGCCUGAGCGGGACCCAGCUGAGGAUGAAGCUGAUAGCAAGAGAGUGAAGAUGGACAGAGGACUGGUGAACUCAGAUACAACAGAGGCGGACACUGCAGUGCAGACUGAGCUGGGCCUGGGACCAGGCUCAGGGCUACCAAGAGCAAGCGAGACAGGGAGAGCAGGUGAAGGGCAGGUGACCGACGGGCCUAUGGACAUGCGUACCUCACAGAGUGAUGUGAAGGCUGAGAGGAGAGUCCCUUCACCUGAUGUAAUUGUGCUUUCGGAUGGUGAGCAGCCAGCCAGCCCCAGAGUGAAUGGGCUGACGCGGGCGGCGAUAAUGGAGACCAACACUGAGGUCCUCAUGAAAAGUACUCCUGAGGAACGAGAAAGGAUGAUUAAGCAACUAAAAGAAGAGUUAAGAUUAGAAGAAGCAAAACUCAUCUUAUUGAAAAAGUUGCGGCAGAGUCAGAUCCAGAAAGAAACUGCUACCCAGAAGCCUGCUGGAUCAUCCACAAGCUCUGUGACCACUCCUCCCCCGCUUGUGCGGGGUACCCAGAACAUUCCUGCUGGCAAACCAUCGCUACAGGCCUCCUCAGCUCGAAUGCCUGGCAGCAUUAUCCCGCCACCCCUGGUCCGUGGUGGGCAGCAGGCAUCAGUGAAGUCGGGGCCACAGGCCAACGCCCAGGUUGUCAUGCCCCCACUUGUCCGCGGGGCCCAGCAAAUCCACAACAUCCGACAGCAUUCUGGAACAGGGCCACCCCCACUGCUCCUGGCCCCCCGGGCAUCUGUGCCCAGUGUGCAGAUCCAGGGACAGAGAAUCAUCCAGCAGGGCCUGAUCCGAGUCGCCAACGUUCCCAAUGCUGGUUUGCUCGUCAACAUCCCCCAGGCCUCCCCAGCAUCACUGAAAGGGACGACAGCCACCUCUGCCAGCACCACCACCACUGGUACUGCAACCGCAGCCUCUCCUGGUGAUUCCCCAGCUAGUCGUCAAGCAGCCGCCAAGCUUGCUUUGCGCAAACAGCUGGAGAAGACACUGCUGGAGAUCCCUCCUCCCAAGCCCCCUGCCCCUGAGAUGAGUUUCCUGCCUAGUGCUGCCAACAAUGAGUUCAUCUACCUGGUGGGUCUAGAGGAGGUGGUGCAGAACCUGCUGGAGACGCAAGCGGGCAAGGCGUCGGCUGCUGCAUCACUGCUAUCCCGGGAGCCCUACAUGUGUGCACAGUGCAAGACAGACUUCACCUGCCGCUGGCGUGAAGAGAAGGGUGGUGCCAUCAUGUGUGAAACCUGCAUGACCUCCAGCCAGAAGCGGGCACUCAAGGUGGAGCACACGAGCCGGCUGAAGGCUGCCUUCGUGAAGGCACUACAACAGGAGCAGGAGAUGGAGCAGCGGCUGCUGCAGCAGGGCCCACCCACACAGACCAAGGCAGAGCCCACCACCGCACCACAUCCUGCGCUCAAGCAGGUCAUUAAGCCCCGGCGUAAAGCGGCGUUCCGUUCAGGAGAGGCCCGCAACUGGAGUAACGGGGCCGAGCUACAGGUCUCUAGCCAGCUGUCUCGGGGUCCUGCCACAACAGCCCGCAGUGUCCUGCACACCUUCAGCCAGUCUCCCAAACUGCAGAACACAGCUGCAGCCCUAGCCACCAGGACUGGCAAGCAUUCCGAAAGGGCCAUGGGUGCUGGCAAGGGCAGUGCCACUCCUGGCUGGAAGAAGGCAGCUCUGAGCGCAGGAGGGGCCCUUGCCUUUGUCAGUCCGAGCCUGGCAGUGCACAAGGCAUCCUCAGCCGUUGAUCGCCAACGGGAGUACCUUCUUGACAUGAUCCCUCCACGCUCCAUCCCCCAGUCGGCCACAUGGAAAUAG